UGAGUUGAAGAAACGUCUUCAGUUUUUCAUUUUCGGCUUUACGUUUGAUUUUAUUUUUGUUUCGUUUAUUUCAUUUUAAUUCUGAGUUUUUAUUAAUUUUCCAAAAAAAAAACGUUACAAAUUUUAUUUGGUUCAAUUUUUGUUAUCUAAAAAUAGUUUUUUGUAACAAAUUGUGAUCGAUUUUCCUUUAAAAAAAGAAAAAUCAAACAAACUUUUCCAUAUUGCUUCUGUUAAAAGUAAAACAGUAAACAAUUCUUUUACAAGAAGUAUCAACAGUUGCUUUAAAGGGACUUCAAAUCUGGGAAAGCUCAUUUUAUUUUAAAAAUUUUUGUAUAUCAAUAUUUAUAUAAAGAAAAUAGAAAUAUAACACGAAAGUAAACAGACAGUAUUAUAUUUGAAUUAAUUUUUUUAUUAAGUGUUUUAAAAUCCUAAAAGUAAAUUAUUAUUUCUGUUAAUAGAACUUAACGGCAAUCGACUAUUUUUUAGUAAAUUGUGUUAUUUUACCCUUAAACUGCAGUUAGUUAGUUUUGAAUUUGUUUGACACUUUAAAUCAAUUUCAAAAUAUUUGUUUUUACAAUUUCUCUUAAUUUAACAACAAUUAAUUUCUAAAUGAUGACUACCAGCUCAUCCACGGGCAACACUAUGGUUGAGGGUCAACAACAACAAAAUGGAGGAGCUGCUACCGCUCAAAAUACACAAAAUAACAAUAAUACCAAUGUGAACAACAACAACAACAAUGAUAAUGACCCGAAAACCAAUUUAAUUGUAAAUUACUUGCCACAAACCAUGUCUCAAGAGGACAUUCGUGCUCUCUUUGUUACCUUUGGAGAAGUUGAAUCUUGUAAAUUAAUUAGAGACAAAGUAACAGGCCAAAGUCUUGGUUAUGGUUUUGUCAACUAUGUGAAACAGGAAGAUGCUGAAAAGGCCAUCAGCUCUCUAAACGGAUUACGUUUGCAAAAUAAGACGAUUAAGGUCUCUAUAGCCCGUCCUAGUUCUGAAUCGAUAAAAGGUGCUAAUUUAUAUGUAUCUGGUCUUCCCAAAAACAUGACACAACCAGAUUUAGAGCAAUUAUUUAGUCCAUAUGGAAAAAUAAUUACCUCAAGAAUAUUAUGUGACAAUAUAACGGGUCUUUCAAAGGGUGUUGGUUUUAUACGUUUCGACCAACGACAUGAAGCAGAUCAAGCUAUUAAAGCUUUAAACGGUACUAUACCCAAAAAUGCCACCGAACCUAUUGUGGUCAAGUUUGCUAAUAAUCCAAGUAACAAUAAAGCCUUUCAACCACUUACGGCUUAUUUGACCCCACAAAAUCCCAGAACUCGUGGAUUUCCAACGGGUGCAGCAGGAGCCGCUGCAGCAGCCGCAGCAGCUGCUAUACAUCCAACAGCGGCCGGAAGAUAUAGUUCCGUCAUUUCCCGAUAUUCGCCGUUAACUGGUGAUAUUUUGGCAAAUACCAUGUUGCCGGGUAAUCCUAUCAAUGGCUCUGGUUGGUGUAUUUUCGUCUAUAAUUUGGCACAAGAAACCGAAGAAAAUGUUUUAUGGCAAUUGUUCGGACCUUUCGGAGCAGUACAAUCUGUUAAGGUCAUACGCGAUUUGCAAACAAACAAAUGUAAGGGUUUCGGUUUUGUAACCAUGACAAAUUAUGAGGAAGCUGUUCUAGCCAUACAAUCAUUGAAUGGUUAUACAUUGGGUAAUCGUGUAUUACAAGUUAGUUUUAAGACAAAUAAAACUAAACAAACGUAAUUAUUAACAAAAUUGACUGCUGUUGUUACCCACACUACCACUACAUUGGCAUCAACAUUUAAUAAAACACUAAAUAAUAAAUUAAAUUUGACAAAUUCCUCAACCACUAACCUGACCACCGCAAAAAGUAAUGAUUUGAAAACAGCCUCUACAACCACCACAACGACUGUAGCAAAUUCUUCUUUGACAAACACUUCGUCGACGAUCACAACUACUUCUACUACCCAAUCAAAUACUACUACAUCCAACACGUCCUCUACGGCAAUUAUAAGCUCGAAAUAUUCCUUAAUUAAUAAUCACAAUAGUAACAAUAACAACAACAGCAAUCAAUAUCAGCAGCUACAACAACAGAAUAAAAAAACCAAAACUACAACAACUAUUAUACAACAAUCACAACAAAGACAACACCAAGAACAGCAACAAUCAUUGAUACAACAAC